AUGGACCCGGUAACAAUCCUCGGAGCAGUAGGAUCAGUGGUUGGGAUUGCCGCCUUCGGCUUCAAGCUCGCCCAAUUCGUUGAAAAGACCUUCGAGGAGUUUAACGCUGCGGAUGCCACUUUGCGCAAUAUACUGCAUAACGUAAAGUCUAUCAGUUAUGCUCUGAAUGAGAUUGAGCAAUUGUUGAGGCAGGAGCGAGAAAAUCUUAGGACACGCGGCAAGGCUGUCUUGUUCUCCCCGAGAGCCAUCCAUGACAUGCAGUCUAUGACCGACAAGUGUGUGGAGAUAUUUUGGUACAUCGAGGGCACCAUUGCGAGGACCGAAAAACCGAGAGACUUGGAGGUUUGGGUUUUAAGGAAACAACUAGCUUGGAAGAACAGCAUUCCUGUUGCUUCGAAUGAUGAAAUACCCACUGUGACAAUAGACAUAAGUCACAAACUACCAAAACGACAGCGUGUGAAGUUGUUGUAUAAAAACGGAACGAAUCUAGAAAAAUACGUCGCAGAGCUGGAAAGACAACAGUCAGGCCUGAGCUUGAUUUUGCAAAUUGUUAACUUUAGAGCUAACAUAUCAAAUCUAGCUUUAGGCAAUAGGGACAUACUUGAAAUCCCACGCAUAUUAGCACAGAUCAAAGAAAUGUAUUUACGGUCUGGACUUUAUGACAAAAAUCAGGAUGAUACGGAGUGGGACGCUCGACAGCGCUUGGAGCUUGAGCAAGAAUUCGAAAUUUUAAAUCGGCAGAAAGCCGUCAGAUAUGAAGAUGUUCCCGUACACGAAAGACCAGUCUUGGGUGAAAAGCAGGGAUUAGUUGGGCUCAAUGGACGGGCACAUGAACCGUUCAGCAGCGCCAGGUCGAACGAAAGAGCUUCCUACGACACCCGCCCGACCCGACGACAAAGAGCCAAUUCUCCACCUCCUCAAAAAGCACCUCCCACAAGGAAGGAAAGAGUUGAUCGACAAGACAGUCAAGUCAGUGAAACUCCAGAGACUAAACUAGCAGCUCGUAUGUUCCGCGACGCACAGCAGCACAUCACAAAAGCUCAACCAUUUCAGCAGUCAUUCCCAUCAAAGUCUGUUCCUAAUAAAAAUGCUGGUCUUGAUCCUGAAGGAAUGCCUUUCUCUGCAUCACCAACGCCAAUGGAGGAAACAGAAGAUGCUUCGUUGCACCCUGAGCAUGGAUCUGUCUCCAGCGUUACAUCUCGACGACAGAAAGAAAAACUGAGACACGCCGAAAGUGCAAACGCGGAUGACUCUUUAAAAAAGCGAACACAAUACCGGCAACCGACUGUGAUGGAUCACACAAUCGAAACAGAUGUGGAAGCUCUUCGCUCCUCUACAAAGCGUGCUCACUCCGCUACCCCUCCACCUGAUAACAGCGUACCUCAAGUCGAUGGUGCCUGCCUAAGGAAACCAGAUGCUGCUGGAGAUGGUGCUCCUUCUGCCGAAGAAGGUGAAUUCGUAAACCGUAAUGCUCGAAUUUCAAGUCAUGAUGAAUCUAUUGGCAACAGCACAACAAACAGCAUAUCAAACAAAAGGGCCAUAAGAAAAGACUCAUCUGAACCAGCGGUUGAUAACACCUCUCAUCGACAAGAUGCUGUUUCAGUGCCAGCACUUAGGCGAAGUCGGCCGAGUCUUUCCUUAACUGAAGUCUGGAGCGAUUCACAAGCACCAAUGCGAAAGCCCAGCAUACUCAAUAAAAUCCGGGAGGAUCAACCUGAUAUCCAGAAAGGUGGGAGUAAACAACUACGAAAGCAAGCAAUACAUCAAGUCUCGCUAUUGACGGAAGACGAAGACGACACAUUCAAGGCUCAAGAAUAUCACAGAACCAAUGGCGAUGUCCGAGACCAUGUUAACAAAGAGCAGCCCAUCCAAAAAUCACACGACCCCCCAAAAGUCCCCCACGCGAGAAUUCAUAUAAACAAUGGAGCACAGCAGAACUCAAUUAGGAGAAAUAAUGGCGAAAAAAGCUUUUACAGCGAAUCUGACAGUUCGAGCUUUCAUGAAAAGCAGCCAGAGGCAGAAACGUCACAACAUAGCACAAAGAAGCCCUCGAGGCAACAAAAGAUCGUGGAGGAUGUUCUCAAAAGCACUAACAACGUUGCGGAAUCCGACACGAAAAGCAAAGAAUUUCAUUCCAGCUCCAAGUCUCGCGAUCUAUUGACUGCGCAAAGUAGUGGGGAACAUCACACAGAUGUAUUUGGUAGGAGUGAAAGGAAGUCCCAGGGACGAAUGCACCCGAUUUCACCAGAGAUAGCAAAUCAGAAACCAAACUCGAUCACCAGUAUCCCUUCAGAAACACACAGGAAAAGCCGGCCGACUUCUUCAGCAACUGCGCGCAGUGUCAGUGGAGUGAGUUAUGGCUCAGAAGAAACUAAGAAACGAACUGUGGUGGCCCAGGCUCUCCGUCGUGUCGCUCGCCUCGACUACAUGUCCCAAGAUGAUCUCGAGAAGAUGUUUGGUCCAGGCGCGUUGAUAACAGCUUUCGUGAUACGUGGGAGGGAGUAUCAGCAGAUACCAUGUGCCGGUCAUUUUUCCAUGCGCAAACGCCAGAUGUCAGAUAUGCGUUCAUCGGGCUCUAUAUCGUGGAAGGACUUUGCGUUUUUGGGUUCAGAUGAGGUGUCUACCCUCGCUGAAAUCCUGGAAGCUGACGAAGGGUAUGGUAAGGCUCUGGUAGAAUUGAAAUGGGUUCGCGGGGAGAAAGUCCGUCCCUGGCUCACUUCGAAGAAGGUCUUGGUUGCUAUUAUAUACAAUGAGAAACUUUCCCCUGAAGGAGGUCACCGGGAAGAUGGAGAUGGGUCAACAAGAUAUUUAGAUCCAAAGCCAUUACUUCCAGCUGACCUGAAAUGGAAAUUGAGGAGAGAGGAUCCUCGUGGUGUUCAGAAACCAAAGGAAGCUAUCCUUGCCGCCAACUAUGCUGUCUACACAAUCCGCAUGUCCGACCCAUACGACCCUCGCAGUAUCUCUGCUCCUUUCGCACCAACCGCCACGAGAGAACAGUUCUCCGAAGAAAGUGUUGUGAAUCAUAUAGCGGAACUGAAUAAGCAUCCACCGAAUGUGAUCGAAAAGAAAACACGAUCAUGGCCACAGGUGCAAGAGCAGAUUGACUUGAUCGUAGACCAAAUGAGAGCACAAGAAGGGAACAGUGGAUUCGAAUGGAACUUGGCGCAACUAGAUGAUUUCACGGCUGUAACCGCUGGCUUGCUUACGAUGGUCGUUUAUUUGAAAAGAGAUCCACGGGGACGGCCUUUUGAGCCAUCGCCAAGAAAAGAAGAGCCCUUGCAGACACAAGAACGUCCUAUCGCGGAACCUAGUGCUGGGAAUCAGGGUAGUGGUUUUUCCAAUGGAUUGCCACGUCCGCGUACAUCUUAUCACUCUUCACGGAGUGCUAGCCCAUCUUCAUUCUCAUGGAGAGAAGGUUUUGAUAUGGACUACGCUCGUAGGAGUACGAUGCCUCGUAAUUCAUUGCGUUACGAGUAUGAACUCCGUAGACCGUCUUCACCGUCGCCUUUUGCUCCACCACCCUUCGGUGCUCAGAGUCGUGCAGCUUAUGUACCAGCACCAGUUCGGGCUCAGAACUAUACUGAUUACACAACACCAGCAGUUCCUGCUCAAGAUUAUCCAGGCUACGGCUAUGGAUCUGCACCAGUUCCUACUCAAGGUUAUCCAAGCAACGUUUAUGGGCGCCCACCACCACGGCUUCCUACUCAAAGCUAUCCAAGCAACGUCUACGGUUCUGCACCGGCACCUGUUCCGUACCAAGACCGGGAGCACAGCAACAAAGCACGACCAGUAAUUGCUGACCGUGUUGGCCGGGAAUUUAAUAGAUCUCCUACCAGAGCCCACCACACAUCGACCUUCGGAACGCGCGACCCAAGUCCGGAUGCCAGCAACAGAUGGAAUGACCGUCAAGAUACCAUACGGCCGAGAGAUGCCAGCAGAGACGCCGCGGGUAGAAAGCACAGUGAAUCAGACCGGAUGCCACCGCCGCCCAACAGAACCGGCGCGGAUCGCAUACCCACACCAACCAUGGACAGACGCAGAUACGACAUGCUUAGUGAGCAAGAAAAGCGCAGACGGGACACGUCUAAUGACCACUACAAAGACAUGAAUCUCGAUAUAAGCAGACGACCCCAACCGCCACGACACCAAGAGAUGACACUGCGGCCCUCAAACGCGUUUCGACAGGCCUCUCACCCGCUGGAAGACGACAGACCUCCUAGACGACCGCAAAUGCCGUAUCCGGAGUAUUACGACGGCAAGUCGUUUAAUCUCAGACCGCGGAAAGACUCUGUCGAUGAUAUUGUGAAGGAACUCCUUCUAGAGUGGACGCCUGCGGGGGACGCGGAUAAGGAGGGUGAGGGGGGUAAAAGCCCGGAUGUUGGGUGGGGGGCGUUUGGUUCUAAGGGCAAGAAGCCGGCGGAAGGUCGUGAUGGUGAGGAGGGCACGGGUAAGGGGGGUGGGGGGAAUAAAAGCACGCCUUUGACUUGGGCGACGCUUAAUGCUGAGGCUGAGAGGACGGCGAAACGUGGGGAGAUGAGGAAUGGUGGGGUAGAUAUGAAAAUCAACGGUUCUCAGAGUUCAAAUGGUAGUGUGGAGAGUGUUGAGACUCUUGGGACGGUUGAUACUCGGGAUUUGGUUGAGGAUGAUUAG